GAGAUAAAACUCAGCCUACACGCAUCAAAACCGAUGAAGCCUUGAUUGUCGGAAACUUUCUACGUUUUGAUCAUCUUUUUCCAUUCAAACCCCUUAGAAACGUCCUCAUGUCCUUGCCAUCACCUCUUUCCGUGGGCGAUGCGAUCCUCUUGGCAAAAAUUGCGUACAACGUUGUGCAAGCCUUCUCAUCGGGCGCGAAAUCGGCACCAGCCGAGUUUGCUGAAGUUCAGAGACUCCUGGUUUCGGUCAAACACUCACUCGACCUCCUCGCAAAAAUGUUGCCACAAGAUCCAGAAAAGGCAGCGCCAGGAGGCUGUCCAACCGAGGCAACAUGGAGCGAUGAAAUGUAUACCGCCCUUGCAGAUAUACGGGAAAACUGCGGUGCGGUUCUCAACGAUCUCGACCAAUUCGUUAAAAAGUACAUGAUUCUGGACAAGAAUGCUGCUGGUAAAAAUGAGCGGAGAUGGGGAGAUCAGAUGAAGAGAAGCUGGAAGAAGGUCUCAUGGGCGACGGAAGGGGACAACAUCGAUAAGAUGAGAGGCAAGCUGACAGAUCAGGUCAACGCGUUGAACUUGUUCAUUGUAACAAUGAGGGGUGACCAACAAACGGCAAUUCAUGGGAAGGUCGAGACAAUUCACACCAAACUACAUGAGAUUCAUGAAUGGUUCACCGAAAACCUGAAAAAGGAACGAGAUUCGGCCUCUUCCGCGAUGCAGCCCUCUCAGGCCGAGGAAACGUCGGCAGAGCCAAGUGGGCUGGAGUUUGUCUUAUAUGAACAGCUCACUACCCCUUCAGGACAACAAAAAGUCCUCAUUUGCCCCCAUGCCACGUUUGAAGAUCCAGAUCCGUCACCAGGUGGCAAUGCCAAUCGUCAUUACCCUUCAAGAAUUUUCCGCUGUCUCUGUUCCUCCCUGAACUCGGGAAGCGAGACUAUGACCGCUCGCGAUCAUUCGAGUCAGCGGGCUCACACCAUGCUUCCCGUCAGCCUCUUCGUGCAAUCGAUUCACUCUCCCCCCGACAAUCGAUUUUCUUGGCAGAUCUAUGUUUAUUCGCCUCUCUCAAACUCUCCAGUUUCCUUACUCCUAGAGCAGGUCCCUCCAUUAUUUCUGGCCAAGUUCGAGGGAUGGGUGAAUAAGCUCCGGGUGUUUCAAGCCGCUACACAUAUUGCACAUAACCUCGAUACCGCUCUCGUGCUACAUAAGGAUGAUUCCGUGUCUAUCCUGAAUAUGAAAUCGGAUGUCUCUUACUUUGGGGGGAGUGUCCCUGUGCGUUUCAUUGCGAACGGGACUUCAUUCUUAGUGAAGCAACCGUCGUCAUUACAACUUCUGCACUACGCGUCCUCUCUGCGAGAUUUCUUGGAUCCUGAUCUCGACUUUGGAUCAGCACUCAUCGACUUCGCCCCCGAACCCUACCUGAACAUCCAGAUAGUUUCCAAUCACCGUGUAGGGCUAGCAGAGGAGCAACGGUACAGUGUCCAACUACACCAUGAUACGCCCGUAACAUCUUUCAAAGGGCCCAGAUUCGUCACCCUACAAGGAUGUCUUUGCACGCAUGUAUCCGGUCAGCCUUCGCAGAAUUCCGAAUCACUCAACUGUUCUGAAGUGGAAUUCGAAUUCCUUGACGCUUCUAUGGCUUAUGAAUACAUUGAGAAUCCAAAGGCGAUAAAGCGCAGUUUGCAUUUGUAUUACCUGCAACGACCAAGAUGGGGUGAGCAGGUCGUAUACCAGAGAGAUGUUGGGGAUGUCAUGAUUCGCAGCCUAGUUUUGAGCGAUGCAAAACUCACCAUCAUUGUUGACCCAUCCACUGGUAGAUACAGAGAGAUCCUCUCACGCAGCGACCAUUCCGCUUCUGUCUGCUUUGAACUUCCACCGGACUUCCUCGCAGAAGUCGCUAUGGGCACGACUUCAAUGCGACCCAACCAGGCCGCGUGGUUUGUGGAAAUGGGGAAGGACGGAGUCAGGAUCGAGAAGCAAGAUUGUGGUAUUGACCUGUUGUGUCUGCUCAGACAAGACAUGCAUCAGGCUCUCAGGCCGAGUUGAUCAAUAAGUCCAGAUUCAAUACGAUUUGCUUUGGGAUAAGCGGACGAGUUACAUAAUCUUGUCAUCUCACGGCAACAUCAAUUCUCGUGCCCUUCUUUCUUUGUGCGAGCAUGUCUGUUUGAGGGUCAAAGAGGGCAUAGCUUAGUGAAUGGUCAUUCAUACUACGGGUAGCACUAGAACCUACAAGAAGAUUCCUCAACAAAGACCCACAAAAAGUUAGAUUUCCUGUAGUCCCUAUGACCCUCCGAGGCAAUGCGGUGCCGGCCAGAGAAGGUGUAAAUGGGG